UUUGGGGAGUGGAGACAGAGGAGGGCAGCGUUUGAAGAGGAAGGGGACUCGGCUUUCCAGCAGUCACUUUCUCCAGGAGGAAAAUGGAACCGAGCUCCCCGUUUGCGCAGCGCCUGAAAUCCAUCUCGGCGCGACGCAAGCUGCAUGAGCUCAUCUUGAGCACCCGCCUGGAUCUGGAGCAGGAGAAGCUGCGAGCUCAGCGCCUCAAGAGGAAGUCCUUGCGGGAGCAGUGGCUGAUGGAGGGAACCUCAGUAUCUCCCGGUGACCGAGAUCCCCUGAGUCCUCUUCGUGAGGCGGAGAAGCGCAUCGAGGAAUUACAGCAGAGCCUGACCAGCCUCCAUGUGCAGAUGCAGCAGUUGGACAACUUAGAGAUCUGGAAAGUUCCACAGGAGCCCCCGUCAGAAGAGCCUACCAGAGACGCGGAUGAGACGAAUCGGUCCCCAGCCGACCUUGAGAAGGUCGAUGGGACUGCUGUGUCUUCUUCGGAAGGCAGAAACGGGGCCAGAUCCACUUCGGAGUCGCCACCUGCCUCCCCCAGGAGGCCUGGGCAUGCUGAGGCCAAAGAGCAUCUGCAGAACGGAGAGAUGCAUGACGGAGACCUGUUUGGCAACGAAUGCAGCCCGGAAGAGGCAAAAGUCAAGGCCGUUCCCGUGGUUCCAGACAAGGGAGAGCCUGCGCCCCACCAAGGUGGUUCCGAGGCUGCUGCGAACCCAGCCGGGCAGAGCGUGGCUCCCAGCAAAGGCCCUGCCAGCCGCCAGAGAAAGCUGGCCAUGGAGGAGAUAGUCAUCAGAGACCAUCUAGGCCAAGAAGUGGGCUGCAUGGACGCCGUUGGACAGAACCAGAGCUCCCUCGAGAAGGAAGAGGAGCUGGAGGACCCCACUAACUUGGGGGAGAGCUGUGAUCAGUGGAGCCAGCCUGGGCAGGUCUCAGAUCCAAAGGAAGCCCUUGGAGAAGGUCCACUGGACCAUGAGCUUGGCCGCCGCGAUGACCCGGAAGGACAGUCUCCCACUUUCCAAGACCAUCAGGAUCGCUCCGAGCUUCUACCGAAUGAGAACAGUGACCCCAAGGGGCAAGAAGAGCGACUGCUAGAGAUGGGCUCUCAGGCCAAGGAAGUAGGUUUGAAGGACGUGCAGCAGAAGGCAGUGCCAGAACAGGGUGUCCAGGAGAUGGAGCCCGCCCUAGCCCUGGCCACUGCUGAGGCGCCUACAACAGAAUCCGUGGAGCAGAGUCAGAUGAAGACGCAGGAGUUGGCGACAAGAGAGGAAGGGCUGGCCGAAUGUUUGCACUCGAGUCAGCACACAAGCACUCAAGCCCAUACACAAACCACUUCCCUGGCCGAGCGGGUCGUCUCACCUCCGCCAGAAGUCGAGCCAUUCAUGCUAGAACGUAGCCCUUCAUCUGGGCAUGAAAUGGAGGAAACAGUCACUCAUCAGGGACAAGAACUUUCCAGGCACGAGGUGGAAGGAUCCCUCCCAGAGUCAAUCCCUUCUUUGACUGACCAGCUGUCUUCUUUGCCUGAUCGCACAGGUCCCCUUCAGGAGGCUAAAAUAUCAGCUUUGGAAGAGACCCCAGUACCCCUGCAGGAGCAAAUGCCAAUGGUUCCAGAGGCCCAGGUCCCUCCUUUGCCAGAGGCUGAUGUCUUUCUUCCAAGCCAGGUCCCGCUCUCUGUGGGUGACCCAUGUGAGAGUCCAAUAGUUCUCCUGGACCGAGCCCCACCAGCUCUGCAGGACACGGAGUCAACAUGUCCAUUGAGCAAGAACCCUGCGUCUUCCUUGCAAGAGGCUGGUGGAGCUCUUCCGGGUGAGAUUCAGGCGCCCCCGCCAAGCCACACCUCACCUAAUCUCCCUGAAGAUGAGGGAUCCUCUCCGGAUCAGGUUCCACCAACUUCAGAAGACCAAACGACGACCUCUCAGCUGGGACAGGCUCCAUCUUUUCAGGAAGCUGUGAUGUCUCUUCCAGAAGGACAGAACUCCUGUGAUCCUCCUGGAGAAAAGCUUAAUGUGGCAGAACCAACCCCACCCCCUGACAAAGCCCAGACUCCCGUGCUAUCGGAUGCAUCCAUCUGUCCCCUUGCUCUGCCCUUGUCCAGCCGAGAGUCCCUCCAGCCACUCCUGGGCACGGCUGAAGAGCUGCAAACGCUGGAUGCAAAAGGAAGCGGCGACGCCAGCGUGGCCUCGGCAGGAGCAGGAGAGCUCACGGACGGCCUGGAAAGUCUCCGCGCUGAGCGGCAACCUCUGCUGCAAGAAGACAAGGUGCCAGGAGCCCCCUUGGACAUUUCUGCUGGAGAGCCGCAGCCCAAGGCUGGGAUUUUGAAGCCCCCGGGGGCCACAAGCCAGCAAGCCCCAAACAACAGCAGCCCCCCCUCUGCCAACACUGCCUGCUCCCCACAGCUCCAGGCUGCUCCGCCCCGCCAAGGGCAAGACCAAGAGCCCGAGAGGGGCAAGCACAAGUCCUGCCAGUGCUGCACACUCAUGUGAGACCCUGGCAGAGAUGCCCUCCUCAAGGACAGUUUUCUUUCCGGUCCCAAAUGGGCCGCAGCCCAGCCGACCUGUAGUCGAGUGCAGGCUUCACACAAUCUUGGGAGGGACACAAUGCUGGUCGGGGAGCCUGGGUCAGGAGGGUUUGUUGUUCUUGUAGGCAGAGGACCUCCCUGGGGUGGAGGAGAAAGAGAUAAAGGGAGCACUGCUGUAGAGCUGUCUGGGAGGUUCCUGCGUGCCUUUACAGACCAGCAUCCCCAUUGACGCAAUGGCAUUUGGACAGUAAGGAUACACUAGCAAGCACACACCUCAGCGGACUUGGAAUGCAGGCCUGCAUUUUCCACAACACACACUAAAUACAUUCGUUCCGGUUUCCUUUCAAGAGUACAGAGCUCGCUCCCUCUGGCCGGCAUGGACACAGCCCAUUCAAAACACUAGGGCAGUGGUGGCAAACCUAUGGCACGGGUGCCAGAGGUGGCACUCAGAGCCCUCUCUGUGGGCACGCGCAAACAGAGUUCCCCGCAACCCCCCCCCCC